GUCACUAUAUUUUCUUCAAGCAAGAGGACAACACUGGUAGCAGAGAAUCCUUGCGGUUCGUUUCGUCUUAUAAGGCAAACCAGCAGCAUGAGGUCAGGCUCAGAGAAAGACAGGUCACAUAUGACCAGUACAGGAGCUGGUGAGAGGGGGUGGUGGAGAAUGAAGAUGGUGGUGAGCUUGUAUGUUACAACCUGGCUGUUGUUGUUUGCACUUGGUGCCCGGGGAGAGUCACGAGCCAGGCUGGUCAACAAUGGUUACGAAGAUGUGGUUGUGGCCAUCUCUCAGGAAGUGGAUGAAGCAGAUGGACCAACCAUUAUUGAUUCUCUGCAGGUAACUGUCUGCCUCAACCCACUCUCCUCUCAGCUAGCUCACCCCAUUAUAAUCAGAAGACUUACAUUUUCUGUAACAGGCAAGGUACUACUGAUGGAAUGGGCCAAGUUGAGGUGGGGUGUGUUCGACGAGCUGGGUUACCCUGGUGAUGAAAGCUUCCCACUCUUCUAUAUCUGGGAUGAAAACACUAGUGGAGUUCCAGGUGGUGGCACAAUUCUUCCCACAUAUUGUGCUAACACACCAGUGGAAGGACGUCGUAUAGACAGGAGAGGGAGGAGUAUAUGUACACUAACGACUCGAGGAGAACCUGAUGAGAACUGUCGCUUCCUGCCAUACAAAGAUCAACGAGCAACCUCUUCACUCAUGUCUUACCCUCUUAUCUUCAGUGAUAUGGUUGUAGAUUUCUGUAGUGGACCAAAUAGUGGACACCCACACAAUCCUGUGGCUCCGACCAAGCAAAAUCUCUUCUGUGGUGGUCGCUCUGUAUGGGAGGUCAUGCUGGAACACCAAGACUUUGCAAAUGAUGCAAUGAAGAUGGUGGUGAGCUUGUAUGUUACAACCUGGCUGUUGUUGUUUGCACUUGGUGCCCGGGGAGAGUCACGAGCCAGGCUGGUCAACAAUGGUUACGAAGAUGUGGUUGUGGCCAUCUCUCAGGAAGUGGAUGAAGCAGAUGGACCAACCAUUAUUGAUUCUCUGCAGCAGAAGAGUAAAUCGUCUAGUCAGGGCCAUAGAUGUUUCCCUCAGUCAUUUAAUGAACACCUUUUCCAUGUGUUUAUGCUCUUGGAGAAGACAGGAGUGUGCCAAAGGGCCAGCCUGGUGCAUCGUUUGAUGCAGAUCACUGAUGAUGCUUCGAGAAAAAUCCUUGCAGACUCAAUAGAGACAAAAGCAGAUGGUGGGACAAGUAUUGGAGCAGGACUGUAUGUGGCUGUUAAGAAGAUUUUGGCAGGUGUGAAGAACCCAGUUAUACUGCUCAUUACUGAUGGUGAGGAAAAUGAAAAUCCCAGAAUUAAAGACAUCCUGCAGAAUGUCUUGGACUCUGGUGUGCGCGUCAUUACAGUGGCUUUUGGGGCAGAAGCAGAUCCAAAGUUAGAAAAAAUUGCAGAGCUGACUGGUGGUAAAACAUUCACCGUGAAUGCAUUGAUGAAGGGCCCCAGUUGGAAAUCCCUUUUAUGGGGCACUCACUUUCAGCCACCACCUCCCCGCAGCAACACUACAGUCACUAUUCAUGAAGAGGUUUACAAAGGUACAGCUCGGCAGUUUGGAUCAAAUUUCAACGUGGACUUCACAAUUGGGAAAAAUCUCAUUCUAAGAUUAGACACUAAUGAUCGACAGCACGUUGUUCAUCCGCCUCACUUAGUGCGUCCUGAUGGGAAUAUUAUUGGUGGUGCUGUCUUUGAUCCAAAUACUUUCACCUGGAUCCUUCAAGUGCCAUUAGCAGAGGUAAGCAUUAUAAAUACGGCCUUCUCUCACUUACUGAUGACUCGGACUUACGACUGGCUCUCUGACCAGUGUGCAUACCUAAAUAAUGUAUAUAAGAGCUUCAAGGUUUUGGUGAAUUGUUCCAGCCAUGAUAUUUUGAGUCUAUUCUUUAAGGGUUUAUUGUUUAAAAAUAUGUUUAAUUUUCUCCUUAUUGUCAUUACUGUGGUAUACUAUCAGAUGAGCAGUGGUACCCGGGAGGUCAAUGCCACAGUAGACAGAGUGAUCAUCUAUGCUGAAGUUAAACAAGGAAACAAUCCAGUUGUCAAUGCUAAUGUCAGAGCCCUGGUAACUCCACCUAAUGAAUUUGAGCGUGAUGAAGUGUACAUACUAUUGGACAAUGGUCAAGGAGCAGACAUUCAAGCUGGUGAUGGCAUAUACUCCCGCUACAUGACCCGUUACUCAGCAACUGGCCGCUACAGUGUCAAGGCUCAGGUUACAGAUGGAGGAAGAGCAGUUAUCAACAAAGGUUUCCUUACGUCGUCUCAACGCAGACGGCGUUCAGCUGAUCCAAAUGAUUAUGAAGAAAGACCCGACUACUGCUGUGGAAGCUACAUCCCUCUACACCGUGCAGGUGGUCAUAACACUGGCAACUUCACCAGAAUAACAGUUGCAGGAUCAGUUAAGGUAACAGAGAUACCAGAGAAAGACACUCAACCUCCAGCCCCAGUGAGGGAUCUUCACAUUGUUCUCAUGGAUGAUGUCAAAACUGAUGUUCUCUCAGGUCAUUACAAUGUCAGUCUCAGCUGGACCGCUCCUGGAGAUGAUCUUGAUCUUGGCAUAGCAUCAGACUAUGUACUUCGUAUGACUAGCAACAGAAGCGACUUGGCAGAGAAGUACUUUAACAAUGCAUCCAAUGAGACACUACUUGACCUCAGUGGUUACUCACUCGGUGUUGAAGCAGGAGAAGAGAUCACCAUUAUCUUAAAACUAUUCCUAGUGAGCGAUGUCACUUUCUACUUCGCACUGCGUGCAAAGGAUGAAGUAGGAGGAGAAAGCCCUGUGUCAAAUAUUGCUGUACUCAGAGUGGAAGUUAAUCAUCAUCUUCUUCAUCAGCCAGAAGAAACCCCCUGGCUCUUACUGCCCAUUUGGGCCAUAGCACUGAUCAUUUCCCUUUUGCUUCUAUUACUUGUAUUUAUAUUGGUAAUAUCAGCAUCAAGGAAGUAUGGGACAGCGUCGUGGAGUUUGACCGCGAGGCAGCUGUCAGGUGUGCCACAGGCAGUGUGUACUCAGUUCCUUAAGCUUCAACAUCCGUGCACACGAGGGCCUGGGAUCUUCAAUCAACUUGGCGUCCACCAGGACGCUGACAUGUCCCUAGGGCAGCUCUCCAUCGGGCUGCUAACGGAGUCACUGGCUUCUUGGACCUCUUGGGGAGGGUCGAUGGUGCUCGUGCAAGCAGCAGAUCCCGGGGCAACAUGCUGCUGUUUGCAAUGGCUGUCUGCCGAGGAGAGUCAGGCACCUAGCAACAUCUGUUGUUGGGGCAUUGGAUGAAAUCCCUACUAUGUUUGUUAACUGCUCAUUACUCUGUAAUUUGUCUAUGAUUGUAAUCAUGUGAUAACGUGUUUAUCAUUCAUUACCUUUGAAACUUGUCAUGAUUGUGACCAGCUCUACCUGGAGCUCAUUACCUUUGUAAAUUCUCAUGAUUAAUGUGUUUGAUUCAUUACCUUUGCAAUUAUUCAUGAGUGUGACCAGCUCUACCUGGAGCUCAUUACCUUUGUAAUUUGGUCAUGAUUAUGACCAGAUCUAGUUCAUUACCUUUGUAACUUGCUCAGCUAUCAAAACUUUGGAGUCCAGCCCCUGGACCAAUUAUGUACCUCUGUAAUCUUUUGACUACCGCCCACAGGAUGGGUAUGGGGUGCAUAAUAAACAUAUUAAACUAACU